UCUGGAAAAUGAGUCUGGAAAACGAGUACUUGCUCUGAACAGCUGACUGGAUGGUGGUUUAGAGCCUUUGUAAGAUUAUGACGAGUCAAUCAUUUUAAUUCUGUGUUAUGUUCAUGAUUUUAAAUGUCUGAACCCACAGAGCCGCGUGUUCCACCCGGAGGCAUUUAGUCGACGCACCUGAAGAACGACCGGGUUGCGCGGUGCACACCAGGAAGUGCGAAGAAACAGAUGUGUCUUGUUUCCCAGCUCAGUUCUCUCAUGUCUGCGGAUUUCUCCUUUUUACUCUCGAUCCCUCCCGAGACAACUCGCUCCUAGAAGACGGACCCACGAGCCUCCAGAGGAGACGAGGCCCCGCGUUUUUAAAAACAUGCCCCGCAGAAAGAGAACCGCCGGCAGCAGCUCGGACGGGACCGAGGACUCGGAUUUUUCCGCCGAUCUCGAACAAGCCGAAGUUCCCGAGAGCGCGCACAGGCGCAGCAGCACGCGCCUGACCCGCGCGUCCCUGCGCCUCAGCCAAAGCUCACAAGAUAAUGGCAGCUCAGCUCGGAGCAGUUCUCCUGCGGCAGUGGGAUCUGACGAAGGCCUGGACUCAGCAUCGGAGCCUGCAGCACGGACAGCAGUGACGGCGUCCGUCUUCUCCUCCGGGCGCAGGGUCACACGCAGCCAACAGGGGGCAACAAACAACACAGCUAAAAGAUACCCGCUGCGCCAGAGUCGGUCGUCUGGGUCAGAUACUGAGGCUAACGCAGAUCUAAAGCAGGCCGAGGACCGGGACGAGACCCCUCCCCGCACCCCAACAGGCAACGCCCCAUCCUCAGAGUCAGACAUCGAGGUUUCCAGCCCGAGCAACGACCUCGUGUCGUCCAGCAACGACAUUGUAGUUUCACAGGAGGAGGACGAGAGAUUGGCUAAAGAACUGUCACUCAAAGAGGCCGCCGCCCAUGACCUCUCUCACCGGCCCAAACGACGGCGCUUCCACGAGAGCUACAACUUCAACAUGAAGUGUCCCACGCCCGGGUGCAACUCACUGGGUCAUCUAACAGGGAGACAUGAGAGACACUUCUCCAUAUCAGGGUGUCCUCUCUACCACAAUCUGUCUGCUGAUGAAUGCAAGGGCAAGGCAUCGACGCGCGACAAACAGGCUGAGGAAAGGACACUGUCGCACCGUCAGGAUGAGAACAGACAUUCCACGAGAAACCAGGCUCCGACAGAGCGUCAGCUGCGCUACAAGGAGAAGGUGACGGAGCUGAGGAGGAAGAGGAACUCUGGCCUCAAUAAGGAGCAGAAGGAAAAGUACAUGGAACACCGUCAGAGCCACGGGGCGAGCCGGGAGCCGCUGCUGGAGAACAUCACCAGCGACUACGACCUCGAGCUGUUCAGGAAAGCGCAGGCACGUGCCUCGGACGACCUUGAGAAGCUCCGUCUGUCCGGUCAGGUGUCGGAAGGCAGCAACAUGAUAAAGACCAUCGUGUUUGGACGUUAUGAGCUGGACACCUGGUACCACUCUCCUUACCCGGAGGAGUACGCCCGCCUGGGGAGGCUCUACAUGUGCGAGUUCUGCCUGAAGUAUAUGAAGAGCCAGACCAUUCUACGCAGGCACAUGGCAAAGUGUGUGUGGAAGCAUCCUCCAGGAGACGAGAUCUACAGAAAGGGAAACAUCUCCGUCUUUGAGGUGGAUGGAAAGAAGAACAAGAUUUACUGCCAGAACUUGUGUUUGCUGGCCAAACUCUUCCUGGACCACAAGACUCUGUACUACGACGUCGAACCUUUCCUCUUCUAUGUCAUGACUGAAGCUGACAACACGGGCUGCCACCUCGUCGGAUACUUCUCUAAGGAGAAGAAUUCUUUCCUGAACUACAACGUGUCCUGCAUCCUCACCAUGCCUCAAUACAUGAGGCAGGGCUACGGCAAGAUGCUCAUAGACUUCAGUUACCUGUUGUCUAAGGUGGAGGAGAAGGUGGGUUCACCCGAGCGUCCUCUGUCUGACCUGGGCCUCAUCAGCUACCGCAGCUACUGGAAGGAGGUGCUGCUGCGCUACCUGAACAAUUUCCAGGGCAAGGAGAUCUCCAUCAAAGAGAUCAGUCAGGAGACGGCCGUGAACCCAGUGGAUAUUGUCAGCACGUUGCAGUCCCUCCAGAUGCUCAAGUACUGGAAGGGGAAGCACCUGGUUUUAAAGAGACAGGUAAGAGACAAGGAUC